CAACCAUUAAAACGCACGUCAUGCAUGUACUACAAAUACAAUUGUGCAGGUUCAUUUACACGUUUUUAUCUUAACUUUUAAAUAUUAAGUUAAACUCUGAAAACUAUAUAAAAGGAAAAUAGUCCUGGCAAUGAGAGUUUUCUGAAAAUGAAGAUUUCGGCAAGAGUAAAGGGCGAGUGGUUACAAAUACCCUGCAAAGAGGGAAAAGAGACUGUGAAAUGGCUAGGUAAUCAAGCAUAUCUGAAAUAUGAAAAACUGUUUUAUAAACAUCAACCGAUUGCUGACAGAACUCCUCCUGUGCAGGAAGUAAGGAAAACAAGAGGGGGUGUCAUUUUAGACCCUGACGAUUUGAUAAGGGAUGUUUUGGAAAAUAAUGACUUUGUUAAUAUUGUUCUGGUUUCUGAUUUUCAAUCCAUUAAUGCAGCUAUUCAAAAGGAAGUAAUGCAUACCCUAGAGAUAAUCCCCAAACACUUUACACCACCUUCAAGGAGUAUAAUCUUGGACGGUAAUAAUUUGACAACAGAUUUACUGAUGGAACUUGGUAAUGGCAAAUAUAAAAUUAAACUUUCAAAGGAAGCAGAAGAAAAGGUAUUGAAAUCGAGAGAACUUAUUGACGACAUAAUAUCACAGAAAAGAGUGGUUUACGGAAUUACUACUGGAUUUGGCAACUUUGCAAGGGUAGUUAUACCACAUGAUAAACUGGAGUGCCUUCAAUAUAAUUUAAUAAGAUCCCAUGCCGCAGGAGUAGGGAAUCCUUUAAGUCCUGUUAAAGCCAGGAGAUUGCUGGCAUUAAGAAUCAACGUGCUCUCAAAAGGAUACAGCGGAAUCUCGUUGGAAACAUUGCAGGGACUGAUUAAGGCAUUUAAUACCUCUUGUGUUUCGUACGUUCCCGAGCAAGGUUCCGUUGGGGCUAGUGGAGAUUUAGCCCCUUUAGCUCACCUGGCAUUGGGAAUGAUUGGGGAAGGAAAAAUGUGGAGCCCAGAAACUGGAUGGACAGAUGCUAAAGAAGUUCUUGAGAAACAUGGACUUCAACCUUUAAAAUUAAAGGCAAAAGAGGGUCUUGCUUUGAUAAAUGGCACUCAGCUCAUUACGAGUAUUGGUGCAGAGGCGGUGGAGAGAGCAUUACGUAUAGCUCGUCAAGCCGAUGUUGUAGCCGCACUUUCGUUAGAAGUUCUUAAGGGAACCUCGAGGGCUUUUGACUCUGACGUCCAAAAAAUCAGGCCGCAUAAAGGACAGGUGGCCGUUGCCAAACGUUUAAGGGCCCUACUUCAUUCCGAUAUUUAUCCAUCUCAAAUUGCAGAAAGUCAUCGUUUUUGUAACAGAGUUCAAGACGCCUACACCCUAAGGUGUUGUCCCCAGGUUCAUGGAAUUGUCCAUGAUACCAUCGAUUUUGUACAAGGAAUUAUACACACGGAGAUGAACAGCGCAACUGAUAAUCCUAUUGUUUUUGCAGAAAGGGGUGAAAUUAUUUCAGGGGGCAAUUUCCAUGGCGAGUAUCCGGCUAAAGUAUUGGAUUAUUUGGGAAUUGCGGUUCACGAAUUGGCCUCAAUGAGCGAAAGAAGAAUCGAAAGACUUAUUAAUCCAGCUUUAAGUGGUUUGCCUGCCUUUCUAGUCAAUGAUGGUGGUGUUAAUUCUGGUUUUAUGGUUGCUCACUGUACUUCAGCCGCUCUGGUGUCCGAAAAUAAAGUUAUGUGUCAUCCCUCAUCCGUGGAUAGUCUUAGUACCAGUGCUGGUCAAGAAGACCACGUAUCAAUGGGAUGUUUCUCGGCGAGAAAGGCAUUGAAUAUUGUCGAAAAUGUGGAAAAUGUGAUAGCAAUUGAGCUGCUUGCUGCAUGCCAAGCAAUUGAAUUUUUGAGGCCGCUUCGAACAACUGCUCCAUUAGAAGAAGUUUAUUUAGCAGUUAGGAAAGUUGCAAGGUCACUGGAUGCAGACAGAUUUAUGGCUCCUGAUAUUGAAGCAGUUAAGAAAUUGCUUGAAGAAAACAAAGUAUGGAUGGCGGUGCAGCACCAUAUCGCAUAUUAUCAUUCACCAAAGGAAAUUGAGACGCGCUCUUUCAGUCCGACUUCUUCAUCACUGGUUGAAGAGAAACCAGAAACACAUCGAACAUCAUUGAAAAGAAAACAUGAAGACGAUUAACAAAAAGCACAAUAAAAAUAGAAAUAAACAAAUAAAAAUUA